CUGAAUUCUCUAAUUUCAGAUAAUGUCAUGUAAUGCCGGGGGAGGUUUAUCAACUGCCCCCUGAUUGGUCCAGAUGUCCAUUUCUAAAUUAGUUCCAAAUUCCACCACCAGGCUGGCGCUACACGCGCUUUUAGUUCUGGGGUUGGUCAUCAGAGGGCAAUGUCAAGAAUUUGUUUCAAGUAAUCACAUUGGAGGCUCUUCCCAUUCCCAUUUUGGCUGCGACUGCAUGGAGUACUGGACCUGCAUAUUAGGGGGUGGUAGUCCACACAGCUAUUGCGGGUUGACAGAUCAUGAUGUCUGCUGUUUUGUUCCGGAGAAUGCCGCGCCAGUUGGGAUUUUACCCUCGCCGUCCGCCACACAGUGCGGCAGAAAAGGAUUUGACUCUGGGAGGGAUGGGAAGGCAGAAAUGGGGGAAUGGCCCUGGCAUGUGAGUAAUCUAUUUAUGUACAGUCAGAACCAUACAAAUUUUAUCUAUCCUCUAUUAAGUGUACCCUAUGUAUCUGGUAUCCGUGAGAUAUUAAAAGUACGACUGGGUGAGUAUGAUGUAUCAACUACUAGUGAACCAUUGAAACAUCAGGAAAUAAAUGUGUCAGAUAUCAGAAUUCAUCCGUUUUUUAAUAACGCUACUUUAGUAAAUGAUAUUGCACUUCUCAAGCUAGAACACCCUGCUAAAAGAAAACAGAAUAUAGAUGUUGUAUGUGUCCCUGAGGAUAAGGGACUAGAUUUAUCUGUGUUCACAAACUGCUAUGUUACCGGCUGGGGUAGAAGGGACGAGGAAAGUGAGCACAGUGUGAUUCUGAAGGAAAUAUCUGUUCCUCUCUGGGAUCAAAGCAAAUGCAACGCGGCACUACAGUCUCAGUUUGGUCCGAGCUAUACACUGCCCACCUCAGCACUAUGUGCCGGAGCCCAGGGGAGAGAUGCCUGUGAUGGGGAUGGGGGAGGACCCCUGGUUUGUGAAGACGACGGUCAAUGGUUUCAAAUCGGCAUUGUUAGGUAAUUAUACAAUAAUAAGCAGCUA